ACCGGUCUUUUCUGUGCAUCAGUAAAUAUGAAGGGAACAUGAGGUGUCCUCUAAGAUCAAUCUGCUAUUAUGGAUUUAUAAGUGAACAAUCUAAAAGCCAGAUUUUACAUAGUGCACACCAAAGUGCACUUUUAAAGAUUUGUGGUUCUGACAUCUGCAUGUGAUCUGAUCAAGGAUGGUGGGUUAUGAUCCAAACCUUGCGACUUUCACCCCAGAGGAAGCGGCACUGGCGGGGUCAGCUGCGGGCAUGGUCACCCGCGCCCUCAUCAGCCCUCUGGAUGUCGUUAAAAUCAGAUUUCAGUUGCAGAUCGAGCAGGUGUCCCCUCGCAAUCCUCAGGGGAAGUACUGGGGUAUAUGGCAGGCAACACGCUGUAUUUUCAGGGAAGAGGGACUUCCUGCUUUUUGGAAAGGUCACAUUCCUGCCCAGCUGUUGUCUGUGUGCUUCGGGGCAGUUCAGUUUGCGAGUUUCGAGGCCCUGACAGAGCAGGUCCAUAAGAGGACGCCCUAUAACAGCCAGACGGCAGGAGUUCAUUUCAUCUGUGGCGGUCUGGCUGCGUGUUCUGCCACCAUGGCCUGCCAGCCACUUGACACCCUUCGCACACGCUUCGCCGCACAGGGCGAACCGAAGAUUUAUCGUAACCUCAGACAUGCAGUGGUCACAAUGUACCGCACAGAGGGUCCACUUACUUUCUACAGGGGUCUUACACCCACUUUAGUGGCAGUCUUUCCAUAUGCAGGCAUGCAGUUUUUCUUUUAUAACAUCUUAAAGAAGCUACUAAAACCCCAGGACACUAAAUCUAAAGGAAGUUUACAGAGUCUCAUCAGUGGUAGUUUUGCCGGAGUUAUCAGUAAAACUAUCACGUAUCCGUUCGACCUGUUUAAAAAGAGACUUCAGGUGGCCGGAUUUGAAGAGGCCAGGAUGCAGUUUGGACAGGUGCGGGCAUACCGUGGAUUUGUAGACUGCGUGGUGACUAUAGCCAGAGAGGAGGGACCACGGGGUUUCUUUAAGGGUCUCUCACCCAGUUUGCUAAAGGCCGCUAUGUCCACAGGCUUCACUUUUUUCUGGUAUGAGUUCUUCAUCAAUGCCAUUAUCAGCCUGAAGGGGAGCCAGUGAGCCACCAGAGGAGAAUUUGAAAGUCAGAUGUCUGGCACUGUAUACAGUAUGUUAGGAUGAGUUAUUUAUACAAAGUGUUAGAAGUGAAGCGGGACCAGGGCUCCUUUCAGAAUGACACAUGCUUUUGAGAUUAUUACCUCUGACUUGCUCAAAAGAUGCCUCAAAUUAAACUGUUCCCUGUUUACAUUAACAGUGAGCUAUACCUCUGGAGUCUUUAAAAUCUUUGUUACACAUCUUCAGAGUUUUAAUGUUGUUUUGUAAUUUUGCCUUAUGUGUAAGGGUGUAUUUUAUUGCUUUUAUAUGUAAACACUGGAUGACAGAAUGUUAUUAUUUUGUUUUACUGUUUUGUAUUUUUUUAACCUUUAAACCAUGGGUCUUCAACAGGGGGUCAGAGGACCAUUGGGGGUCUGUGGUGGUAUUAGCGGGGGUCCUUGAAAACAAAAAUAGUUUUUGGAGAAAAAAAAAUUAGGCAUCAGACAAAAAUGCAUUAAUAGGCUAAUAAUAAAUACUUAAAAUGGAGAUAAUAUCAUUCCCACAAUAAAAUAUAUUAAAUUAAAUUAAAAUGUUAUGUAGGAUGCCAAGAAAAUAUUAUAAUUUAAUAUCUUUAAAACAUUUAUAAUAUAAUCAUAACAAAGAAUGUGUUAUAAAUAAAUAAUAAUAAAUACACUCUUCAUUUGAUACAUGUAUUGGGGGUCCCUGCUCCUCCUCUCUAUCCUUUAAGGGGUCCCGAAAGGUUGAGACCCCUGCUUUAAACCAUAGAUUCAGUCGAUUGUGGUUUUAACAUUUUUAAAUUUGUUCUGGUUUUAUGUAAAAGAAUGGAAAGUUAUAUUUUUAAGUUUGAACAUCUAUGUUACUUCUUAUUGUGACCAUACUUAUGCUGCGCUUUAUUUAUUUUCUCUCUGACUAUAAAAACAAGCUUAUCUAAGGUUCAGUGGAUGUAUUUUUUUACCAUGUACCCUCAUGUUUAAAUGUAUCGUACAUUUAAUAAUUUUAGGGGGGGAUCUGUGUGACAUAAAAGACAAUAAGCAGCUAUUUUUCUAAUAAAAUAUUUUAUUGUGACAUUUGUUGUGCUUUUCCUCAAUGCUUUUGAUUAGAGACACAUUUUACUGCUGAAUGAUGUUUGAUAAAUAUAUGAUUUCAAAUAAUACAUAUAAUAUAAUCUUAAUUUAAUUAUACAAAAGAUUAUACAUUAUAAUAGCUAGUAAUUGUUAAUGUAGAUAAAAAUAGUGUAAUAAAACAAAACUGAGUUGUAAAAAAUAUGAUGUUUUAAGAGCGACCAGAGGUUUAAAGUAAUGAAGUAUUAAGUACACUGUAAAAAAACAACUAGAUUCUACAAGAAAAUGCUGUUUUUCAACAAAAGGGUAAAAUAUUGUAGAAAUGUACAUCCUUGCAUCCUAAACUGAAAUGGUUCAAAGCAACUGGUUUCCAAAAAUCAAAUGAGUUAGGUUCCCGGGUAUUAAUACGGUAACAUAUUAUUAAAUAUAGGGAAGCUGUUAAUUAACGGUAGUAGAACUGUAAAUUAACAAUAAAUUGCAUAGUUUACCAUUAUGUUACAGCACAUUUUUUACAGUGUAUAUUUUUAAGUAUCUGUGUUUUUCUUAUAUAUUAUAUAAAUCAACUUUUUAUAUUCCAUAAUAGCCUGUUGUACUUGUCUUGUACUAUCACUACAUUUCAUAAAUACAAGCU